UGUUGUGGGUCUUACAGAGCUUCCGAGUCAACUUAGCGAGUCGGUCAAUUUUUUUGUUUUUUUGGUUCGUUAGCAAAUCGAAUCGGAGUCCGAUGGUCCACUUCAUUAGUUCGGAACUGGCUGAGACGAUGAAAGCCAAGGGUUCGAAAAAGGCGCCGGUGAAGCCGGAGAUCGACGACUCGUCGGAGCCUCUCGAACCGCUUCAUAAGCGAACCAAACUCGACUCAUCUCCUCAGAAUACAGGAAUUGAGACAUUUGCAAUUCCUUCGUCGAUAUACAACCCUCUAGAUGAGCCAAGUCCACUGGGUUUGCGUCUCCGAAAGAGCCCGUCUCUUCUUGAUUUGAUCCAAAUGAAGCUCUCACAAGACAGUGCUGCUGCUAAAUUAGCAAAUCUAAGCAAGAAAAAUCACAAGGGAAAUGCCGUUUCCGGUGCUCCGGAUAAGCUCAAGGCUUCCAAUUUCCCGGCUUCAGUUCUCAACAUUGGGACUUGGCAGUAUAAAUCGCGGUAUGAAGGGGAUCUAGUGGCGAAAUGUUACUUUGCAAAGCAUAAACUUGUGUGGGAAGUCCUUGAUGGUAGUCUUAAGAACAAGAUAGAAAUUCAGUGGUCGGAUAUUGUGGCUCUCAAGGCAAACUACCCCGAUGAUGGACCGGGGACUUUAGAUGUUGUGCUGGCUAGACCGCCCCUUUUCUUUAGGGAGACCAAUCCGCAACCUAGAAAGCACACUUUGUGGCAGACGACAUCAGAUUUCACUGGAGGACAAGCGAGCAUGCAUAGGCAACAUUUUCUACAGUGCCCACCAGGCUUGUUGGGGAAGCAUUUUGAAAAGCUCAUUCAAUGCGACCCUCGUCUCAACUUUUUAAGUCAGAAGCCAGAGAUUGUGCUAGAGUCUGCAUAUUUUGAACCCAGAGUUAUGACAACCCAAGACCCAAAUGAAUUCAACCGUGAGUUUGAUGUGAAGACCGAGGGACCUGUCUUCUUUGGUUUGCAAGAUACAACAUCCACAUCUGGUGCCGAGUCAUCCUCCAAAACUGAACAGGACUUUGCUCAUAGGGCUUCCACGGAAAUUUCUUCACCUAGUUCAGAAUUCAAGGGCCUUGGAGCCGAGAACUCAAACUUCCUCAGCAAUUUGGAUCAAAUCAAAUUUCCGGGACUUCAUCCAUCAAUGUCAAUGAGUGAUCUGGUGAGCCACAUUGGUCAUUGCCUUUCCGAGAAGAUAACAUCUUCAAAUCUGGUCUUUCCUGGAAAGCAGCAAAAUGAAAGAGGCGUUCUAGAGGAUAUCACCCAAUACUUGUUUAGCGAUUCUCAACACUCGUGGCCCUCUGACGAGCAGUCCCUCGUGUCAAGGGUCAAUUCUCUGUGCUGUCUUCUGCAGAGGGAUCCUUCGUCGUCGCAACUCUGCAAGUUAAAUCCUGAGGAGAAAAUUGGUGACAUCAACUCUAUAUCCGGAUCCGGAAAUGAGGGGAAAGGUUUACAGGGUAUCCCAGAAUCCAAAAGGAUGAACUCCAAUGAUGUUUCUGAUUGCAAGCAGGCUCAGGUCAUGUCCAGGAAGGACUCAUUUGGAGAUCUUCUUCUGAGUCUUCCUAGGAUAGCAUCUCUACCGCAGUUUCUAUUCAACUUAUCACAAGAUUCUGCUAACCAAGCAAGAUAGUGAUUUUGAUCAAGUGUCCUCGGCACAAAUCUUGUAAAAAGGUUUUGAUUGAGAUGUGCCGUUGUUUGAUCUGUUAAUAUUGUGCAGGUUGUCACUAAUUCCAUGUAUAAAGCUUAGGGAGUCGAGAAAUUUAUGUGGGAGUAGAAUGCUGACUGACAUGAUCACAUAGGAAACCCGGUUUUGCUUUAUCACCCUUGGACUCCUAGUAUUAGUAUUGCAUGCUUUAUGUAAAAAUUCUAAUGCCCUUUUUGGUCGUUUUAGUAUACUACUUUUGUUGGUCUCUCUUGUGAAUUUAAACGUUGCGAGUUCUGUAGAUCA